AUGGUCGCCUGGUUGAAGCCCUUCUUCACAGUUGUUGCCGGAGUGUAUAAUUGCAGUGAAGUUAAGGUUGCAGAUUCUCAAUUGGAGAUGCAAACAACGGCGAUUCCACCUCUACUAGUGAAGGAUCUGCCUACGAUCAAUGCGAAUGACAUAGAGAUCCUCUACCAAUUGCUGGGCAGCAUGGUUGAUCAAGUCAAAGCCUCAUCUGGCCUCAUUUGGAACACCUUCGAUCAGCUUGAACAGUCGGCACUGGCAACGCUUGCUCAAGAAUUUCCAAUCCCAGUGUUCACAGUAGGCCCUUUCCAUAAAUUCUUCACAGCUUCUUCCAGUAGCUUAUUGUCCCAAGAUCACAGCUGCAUCACUUGGCUAGAUACACAAGCACCUAACUCUGUAAUCUACGUUAGCUUCGGCAGCAUAGUACGCAUGGGUGAGGCUGAAUUAAUGGAGAUGGCUUGGGGGCUAGCCAACAGCAUGUGUCCCUUCUUGUGGGUGGUUCGAUCCGGUUUGAUCUAUGGUUCAGAACGAGUUGAACCAUUGUGGCCUGAUGGGUUCCUAGAAAUGGUUAAAGGAAAGGGUUGUUUUGUCAAUUGGGCACCUCAACAGGAUGUGUUGGCUCACCCUGCUGUGGGAGGAUUUUGGACCCACAACGGUUGGAACUCAACGCUGGAGAGUAUAUGUGAAGGGGUACCAAUGCUGUGUUCGCCUAAUUUUGGAGACCAGAUUACUAACGCGAGGAUCGUGAGCCAUGUUUGGAAGGUGGGGUUGCAGCUUGAGAAUAAGUUGGAGAGAGGGGAGAUUGAGAGAAACAUAAGAAGACUAAUGGUUGAGAAAGAAGGAGAGGAGAUGAGAGAGAGGGUUGCAUCUUUGAAGGAGAAGGCAGAAGCUUCUGUCAAGAAAGGAGGUUCUUCCUAUGAGUCUCUAGAGGACUUGAUAGCUCGGAUCUUGUCAUUUUGAAGACUAUUGUGGUCCACUUUCUCCAUGGUGUUUGAUUGUCUUAAUUAUCAAUUCCUUUUUAAA